GGAAUGCAAAAAAUGAGACGUACUCCAGAGUCGGACCAAGGAAUAUGCGAGAUAAGUGGCUGUUUGGGGCCUCCGCACCACCAGGGGGACCCCCACCCCCACCAAGCUAGCGUGAAAUGACAAAAAAAAAAAAAUACAAUAAAACAUUACAUAUACAGUAUGUGUAUAUAUUAACACUGAAUAACUCAGACUAAAUGGUAUUACACAUGGAAAAUCUGUUUUUAGUUUGGAACUGUAACAUUUACAAAUGUAGGAAAAACAUGGUGAGAAUAUGAAUUUGAAUAAUGAACACCCACUUUUUUUAUAUGACAAGCUAAAUAAACCAAAUUAUUGAUGUUAAUUUUCUACUGUGUAACUUUACAAACAACACAUGUAUUUCACCGUAAAAAAUACAUGUUGGUCUGAUUUUCUUAUCAUAGCAUUUUAAAGAACUAGUGUAAUAAUACAUAUACUGUGUUCAAAGUUAAACAGCCUCUCUUCUCUUUAACAUGAAACUAUCCAGCGGCGUAGGAAGCGGGGGGGACGGGGGGGACAUGUCCCCCCCAAUAUUGAAGCCAGGUGGAUAUGUCCCCCCCAAAAAAUUGUACCGCAAAAUAUUGGAUUUUGACAUUUUUUUAACUAGCGUGCUUUUAUUUUGAAGGCGCAGCAUCGCCUUACGUCACGGUACUCCCCCUCCCCUCUCUGAACUGCUGAGUGAGCACUCAGAAGGGAGGGAAACAGCGACACAGAAGUCAGAAACUUGCGAAUGAGUACAAUGCCACCACCAACUAAAAGGCUGAAACAGCAGCAGGACUUACUCAGCUUUUUUAAAAAGAAGUAACGUCAGUGUGAGUAACAGUCACACAACACAAGGGCAACACCUGUGUUGCCCUUGUGUUGAAAUUAGCCCGGUCUGGGCGUGCGUUUUACGAGGAUUUUUUAUUUUUUGUGUGGUUUUGCUUCGCCGAAAUGGACAGAUAUUAUACCUGCCGCGCUCCUGAUCGUUAGUUAAAACCACAGGGAGAGUUAAUUUUAAUUCUUAGCAGCGGCUAACCAACAAAUUAACUUCUGCACCUUUAUUUCCUCAAAUAAACUGCUGGCUCCUCUUUUUAGACUAUAAAUAGAUUAACACAACAUUGACAACUCUGUAGUUUUCUCUGUUCUGUACUGCAAACUGGAAUUAAAGGCGCCAUUUCUACCAAAGGUCUGGACAGACUGGCGACCUGUCUAGGGUGUACCCCACACCAGAACCUCCCGACCCCACUAAGGGACAAGGGUGUACAGAAAAUGGAAGGAUAGAUGGAUUUCUACCAAAGGUUUAGAAUGCGUUUUUGAACCAGAUGCUUCAAAGCGCCCUGUCCAUAAUUCUUCAACACACUGUCAGCUCCCUGUCAGAAAGACUUUAGUUCAGAGUCCAUAAGAUAAUACUCUGAAAGGAUUUUAAUGGAUUUAUUUUAUUUGCCUCUGCGAUUAACUCUGCGCGUAAAGUCUGUAAUGUGACAAAUAAAAUGUUUUGUUUGAUUUAAAAUUGGCCAUGUUAGGCUCAAGAGCUGUACCUCAUUUCUGAAACCAUCUCAUAUGUUUAGGAGCAACAAUGCAGGGACAGCACAAAGGAGACAGGAAAAGGAGAGGAUAGUGCAACCGGGCUAGAGGCAGGAAGUCAGAGUGAGGGAGAGACAGGAGUGGAGCAACAGGUAAGAUAGAGUAACUCAUACGAGUAGAUACUUCAUGAGAGUCCACAAAAAAAGUUGAAAAUUUUAAUCUUUUGCUUGUAGUAAGUGUAGUUCAGGGGCAUUGAGUGACAUUGUAACUUUUACUUCUAGGGAGUUCAGACUAGGGACACACAGCUGAGAGACUCUGAAGUCAGUGGACAGAGAACAGAGCCAAAUCAGCCACAUCCAAAAUUCAUAGACCCUCAAGCUCUAGCCAACAGAACUUUACAUUUCCAAGGAAAGUGGUACAAGGAAUUUCCCUGGCUACAUUAUGAUGCAGUGAAAAAUGGCAUUUUGUGUUUUUAUUGCAUGGCAAUUUACCAGGACAAACUCACACCAUUUGGUGCAAAAUCCGAACCCGCCUUUAUCACUUCUGGAUUUAAAAAUUGGAAAAAAGCAUGCGAAAAAUUUAAAGCACAUGAAAAUAGUCACACACAUCGUCAUGCUGUUUCUGUGACUGCACAAGAAAGUCAUCCUAUAAAUGCCCAAUUAUCCAGUGCUUUGGCAACUCAGCAAGGUGACAAUAGGCACUGUCUGGAGAAAAUUGUGAGCUCCAUAAAAUAUUUGGUACGGCAGGGACAAGCUUUGAGAGGGCAUGACGAUGAUGACAGCAAUUUGUAUCAACUGUUAAAAAAUCUGGCAGAAGAUGAUGCCCUUUUGGCUAAGUGGUUGCUGAGGUCUCAGAAAGAAUACCUAAGUCCACAGAUACAGAAUGAAAUCUUGUGUUCUAUGAGCAAUAGUAUUGUCAGUGAAAUAGCAGAUACAAUCAGAAACCUACCAAUUUUUGAGUUUGCAAUUAUUAUGGAUGGAACACAGGACAUUUCUGGGAAAGAACAAGAAAGCAUUUGUCUGCGAUACAUUGACAGUGACAUGAAGCCCCAUGAAGAGUUUAUUGGCUUGUACUCAGUUUCUGAAACAACAGGAAAAAGCCUUGCUGCUGUUGUUAAAGAUGUGCUGCUCAGAUUAAACUUACCAAUGCAUGGUUUACGAGGUCAAACUUAUGAUGGAGCAGCCAAUAUGUCUGGGAAGCAUGCAGGUGCACAGGCACUGAUAAAGCAAGAGCAGCCACUAGCACUUUUUGUUCAUUGUGGAGCACACUGCACUAAUUUAAUUGCACAGAAAGCUUGCUUAGCCUCAGUUCUGAUCAGAGACGCAUUGGAUUGGGUGAACCAGCUUGGAGUUCUUUUCUCUCAGUCAGGGAAGUUUAAGGCAAUCCAUGCAGCAACAGCACAUACAGAGAAUCCAUCGUGCACUGCAAUAAAACCCCUCUGCCCCACAAGAUGGGCAGUACGGAGCAAAGCAAUCAGAGAUGUUUUGUCACAGUAUGGGUCAGUGCUGGCUAGCUUGCAGGAGAUGGCUUCUGGUGCCUCAAACACAGCAUCCACUGCUAAUGGACUGCUGGGGCAGUUUAGGAAAGGUAAAACAGUUUUGGGUCUCAUCCUUGCCUCACCUGUGAUUGAUGAGCUUGAAUGCCUGAGCAUCUCUUUCCAGAAGAGAACUCAAACCAUUGCUGGAAUGAGGACUGCUGUGAAAGUUGUUCAGACUUCACUUAAGGCUAAAAGAAAUCAAGAAAGUUUCAACACUCUGUUUGAAAAGGCGAUGGCUGAGGUUCAGUCUUUGGGUGUUAAACCCAUCACAGUUACACAGAGAAGGCCACCCCCAAAACGCUUCACUGAAGGAGCUAAGACACAUCAACCUGAAUGUGCCAAUGACCACUACAGAGGUGAAUUCUUUAAAGUAUUGGAUGUUGUAGAUGCACAGCUCACUGGGCUAUUUAACCAGGAUGACUUGCUGACUUUGCAAAAGUUGGAAGAGACACUUCUCAGUGGAACGAUUGAUGCUGCAGUCAUUGGGAAAUACCCAGAGUUGAAUAGAGAGUUACUUUCAGUGCAACUUCCUAUGUUUAGACUGAACUACUCAUUUAGCAACAGCGCAGAAGCUGCAGGGAUCAUUGGUGGACUGCCUGGAGAGGUCCGUAGACUUUUUGGGCAAGUGGAAACUCUGGUUAGGUUGCUUUUGGUGGUCUCCGUUUCAUCCUCUGAGGCAGAGAGAAGUUUCAGUGCGCUUCGUAGACUCAAAACGUGGCUCCGGUCUACAAUGACUCAAAACAGGCUUAAUCAUGUUGCUGUCUGUCAUGUACAUAAAGAUAAACUUGAUUUACUGGACAAGAAGUCAGUUUGCAAGCAAUUUGUGGCUGCAAAUGAAAGGCGGAAAAAACAUUUUGGCUCUUUUGCCUAAGCCAGUGUUUGCCAUCCUUUUAUGUUUCCGGCACAUUUUUGGCGAAUUAUAAAUGCAUGGCUGUAAAGUGCAAUUGUUCAGAAGCACAGAGGUGUUGAUCUCUACCUAGGGUUAUGUGGCCUAUAAUCUCUGUGCUAACUGCUUUCCCAACAGUUAAAGCACACUGUAGUCAGUGAGUUAAAAAGCUUGUCUAUUAAAUGUGUAUUUAUUGUUGGUAAAUAUUUCUUCAUUUUUGAUUUGGUUUAAUUAGUCAUACAGUUCGACAAACUGAAUAAGCAUAUUUUGAUUGAUUUUCUUUUCUUCUUUUACUUAAUGUUAAAAGUGUGAAUAAUUUGUUCACUACAUUGUCUGUGAGGGCUCUUUCAUCUCAGAAUUUUGUUUAAUCAAAGAGAUGGUUCUAUGGUCAGUCAACCUAUAUAAAUUCAUUUUUGACCAUUAUUGCAAGUUUGACAAAAUAAAACAUAUCAAACUUUGCACUUGUGUGGCCUACUGAAUUGUUUUUAAUCCAACUGAAAUAUUUGAUUUUCUAGUGUGUAUGCGGACACUAAAUAUGCCAAGGGCUGAAGCCCUUGAAAGACAUCUCCCUUUGCUUAAUAAAAGACUCCAGUCAUUUUGUUUGGUGAUAUGCUCACAUCUUAUGAACAAAUGCAUUAUGUAAAUUUUAAAUGCAUUAUUUUUGCAAGACACAAUUUAUAAAGGAAUAAAGUAAAAGAUUAAAUAGCCUUUUUUUUAAGUAGCGUACUUAAGAUAUAUUUCUGUUGAAUAUUUACGAAUCUCAGAUUUCCGACAUGUGUCCCCCCCAAUUGUAAACU